AUGUCGAACCUGUCAGGUGAAGAAGGCAGCUUCUCCUCCGGUAACACCGCCGGAGAUGAAGUCCAUCACGAUCGGCAGCUCGCCAAUCACUUCUCCGAUCCCAGCGCGGAGGUGGUGGCGCUGUCGCCGACGACGCUCAUGGCGACGAACCGGUUCGUGUGCGAGAUAUGCAACAAAGGUUUCCAGAGAGACCAGAACCUGCAGCUGCACCGGCGGGGACACAACCUGCCGUGGAAGCUCCGGCAGAGGACCACCACCGAGGUCCGGAAGCGGGUCUACAUCUGCCCCGAGCCCACCUGCGUCCACCACAACCCGGCCCGGGCCCUCGGGGAUCUCACCGGGAUCAAGAAGCACUUCAGCCGGAAGCACGGCGAGAAGAAGUGGAAGUGCGACAAGUGCUCCAAAAAGAGAGACAGUUUCAUCACCCACCGAGCCUUCUGCGACGCACUAGCCGAAGAGAACAACAAAGUGAACAACCAAGGGAUGAUGACCAACAACAACAACAACAACCAAAUGCCCGACCUGAUGCCGGCGAUGUCCAACUCCGACGCGAACCACUACAACAGUUUCGACCCAAAAAACCCUCUCAAGUCCCUCCCGCACGACCUCAUCCCCAUGCCCUUCAAGCCCAUGAACAUGGGCGCCGCCGCCGCCGCCGCCGCAGGCGGCGGAAUGUUCUCCACCACCUCCGGCACCCUCUUCGGCGGGCCCCGCAACAUGUCCUCCUCCACCUCAUCCGCCAGCCUCCAGCUCAGCAGCUCCAACCCGGGCGGCAGCGCCUCGUCGGGCUUCGGCUACCUCCCUGACGGCAGUGGCAAAGGUGGUGGGCCGCUAAUGUCGGGCUCGGCCCACAUGUCGGCCACGGCCCUACUGCAGAAAGCGGCCCAAAUGGGGGCCACGGCCAGCAACAGCAUCAACUCCCCGAUGAUGCACAAGAGCUUUGCCAGCAGCAUGACAGCUGGCGUCGGGCCCCAGGAUCAGAUGGCCCCGAUUCAUCCGCAACAACCGCCGUCAUCGUACGGCGGCGGCGGCGGGAUUCAACAGCAUCAGCAGGGCGCUAGAAAUCCUUACGAUCAUCAUCAUCAGUUCGCCUCGCAGCCCGACCACCACCACCAGACCGGCAUGGUCGGGCUGGGCGGCGGCUCGCCCACCGCGUUCGGUGGCCAGAAAACGUCGGAGGAGAUCUCGCAGCUGUUCGAUGCCGCGGCUGCGGCGGCGGCGGUGAGCUCCCCCAUGAACGACAUGGGGAUGUUCGCGAGCAUGUUCAUGGGGGGAGAUCAGGAGAACCCCGCCGCCGCCGCUGCAGCGGCAUCGAACGGUGGCGGUGGUGGCGGUUUGACGAGCAGAAUGAUGAGCGGCGGUUCGAGAUUCGGGAGCGAGGCGAGCGACGUGAUGACGCGUGAUUUUAUGGGUAUUGGAGGGACACGACCGGCGAACUUGCAGGAGCAGCAACAGCAGAGAUUAGAGAUAGAAGCGUUGAGUCAGCAGCAGCAGCAGCAGCAAAGGAUGGCGGCGGCGCCGAUGAUGAAUCACUACCAGCAACAGCUCUCGCUAGGGGAAUCGGGAUUGGAUAAGCCUAUUUGGGAUGUUUAG